UUCCUUACAGGAAAUACAGAAGGCGUAUGAAUGGCGUCGGCAAGACAGCGAAAGGGGUAGGGACUAGGGAGUAGAGGGCUGCGUGCGAUCGAUCGUGCGUGCUUCCUGCCGACUGUCGCCUAACGCACAAUGGGUUUGGAACAUGGAGGGUAGGAACUAGGAAGUGUGAAAAGUGAGAAAAAAAAGCUGUGAAACGGCCCCUCAUCCCGGAUUUCCCCCCACGGUUUCCACCCCCUUGCUUGCUUGCUUCCUUCCUUCCUUCCUUCUUUUAUUUCUUUUUUUAAAUGUACACAGUAUUUUCUUUUUGGGUAUAAUUUGAAGAUUCUACCCCGAAGAUACUUUGAUUGUUAUCAUUAUUAUUACUAUUUCGUUUUUAAUUUUGAAAUUUCAAUCGGAAGAGAGAGAGGGAGAGGGGCAGAGCAAAGAAGAGGGAGAAGUAAAUUUGGUACCAAUAUCAUUAUCCUCCUGUCAUAAUAAUCAAUCAUCUUCUUUUUCCUCACCCAGUUUCGGUGGUCUGUCUUCGAUCUGCUUUUUUGUAUUUUAUUUAGCGGAUCUUCGUUCGCUUCCUUCUCUCCCCGUACGUACAGCUUUUUGUGAUUAAUUUGAGAGAAGGAAGGAAAGAAAACGACAGAAUGAUGGACAAUGAGAAGAAGUUGUCGCCAGUUUCCGAUGUCGGAGCUUGGGCCAUGAACGUAGUUAGUUCCGUCGGUAUUAUUAUGGCCAACAAGCAGCUCAUGUCUUCCCACGGCUAUGCUUUUAGCUUCGCGACGACUUUAACUGGGUUCCACUUCGCCGUCACCGCACUGGUUGGUCUGGUCUCAAAUGCCACUGGUUUUUCUGCAUCAAAGCAUGUUCCUAUGUGGGAGCUUCUCUGGUUCUCAAUUGUUGCCAAUAUGUCUAUCACGGGGAUGAACUUGAGCCUCAUGCUCAACUCAGUCGGAUUCUACCAGAUUUCAAAACUUAGCAUGAUUCCAGUGGUAUGCGUGAUGGAGUGGAUACUCCACAGCAAGCGGUACUCAAGGGAGGUCAAGAUGUCUGUUGUUGUUGUAGUCAUUGGUGUGGGUGUUUGCACUGUCACUGAUGUGAAAGUUAAUGCCAAGGGUUUUAUAUGUGCCUGUGUUGCAGUUUUGUCAACAUCUUUGCAGCAAAUUACAAUAGGUUCCCUGCAGAAGAAGUACUCGAUUGGGUCUUUUGAAUUGCUGAGUAAGACGGCCCCUAUUCAAGCUGUCUCUCUCCUUCUUUUUGGCCCAUUUAUUGACUACUACCUUAGUGGCAAAUUUAUAAUAUACUAUCAGAUGUCUUCCGGUGCCAUCUUAUUCAUACUUCUUUCAUGCUCCCUAGCAGUGUUCUGUAAUGUGAGCCAGUACCUUUGCAUUGGGCGCUUUUCAGCUGUUUCCUUCCAGGUUUUAGGUCACAUGAAAACAGUUUGUGUCCUCACACUGGGAUGGCUACUCUUCGAUUCCAUGAUGACUAUGAAGAACAUCAUGGGGAUGUUCAUUGCCGUCCUUGGCAUGAUAAUUUAUAGUUGGGCCGUGGAGCUUGAAAAGCAGUCAAAUAUGAAGGCACUUCCCCAUUCGAAAACCAGCAUGACAGAAGAGGAAAUCAGACUUUUGAAGGACGGGUUACAAAAUAUUCCUGUGAAGGAUGUUGAACUUGGCGAGUCUAAAGAAUAGCUUGGCCUAGUUUUGGCCAGUAAAGAGGAAGGGGGAGAGGAUAUUUCAUUGGGGGAGGAGGAUAAGAGUUUAUUUAUGGGGUAGGGAAUACAGUUAUUCUUAUGCGUUUCAAUUCAUUUUAGUAUGUAUUUUUUUACCCUUUCUGGCGGCAAGACUCGAGAGUUCAUCUGCCGACCAUCACUCACAUCCAUCUUAGAAAUUGGCUUAUGUUCCUCUAUUUAUUUCUUCGGGUCUUCUAAAUUAUUUCUUGUUGUACCUGUAUGUGCUUAAGAUCUGGAGAUAAAUUCGUCAUGAGACAUUUGAAAGUGUACAAUCCAUAUCUUAAUUGGAUGCACAUAAUCAAUCUGUUCAGUAUCA